GGUCAUUUGGUCUAACCUCCUGCUCGAAGUAUGUUCAACGGGGUCAGGUGCAAGAUGUCUACUCUGAGGCUGAUUUCUAACAGAACCUCCCAGCAGGCAUUGUCUAACUCUGAUUACACCUGGGAGUACGAGUACUAUGAGUAUGGACCAGUGUCGUUUGAAGGCCUGAAGGCUCAUAAAUAUUCCAUUGUGAUUGGAUUUUGGGUUGGUCUUGCGGUUUUUGUCAUCUUCAUGUUUUUUGUCCUGACCCUGCUGACGAAGACAGGAGCACCACAUCAAGACAAUGCAGAUCCUUCUGAAAAAAGAUUUCGCAUGAAUAGCUUUGUGGCAGAUUUUGGAAGACCUCUUGAGUCGGAGAGGGUCUUUUCUCGUCAAAUCGCUGAAGAAUCCCGGUCGCUUUUCCAUUUCUCUAUUAGUGAAGUGGAACAUUUGGACAAAGCAAAACAAAGUCAGAAAGCUUCAGGUCUAGAGAGUAAUAUCCACUUCCAUGAAGUUCCCAGGAACAGUGGAAUUUUUGAGGAGGACCUAAAUUGUCUCACAAAAUUUAACAUUCCUAACUUUGUGAACACGGAGCAGAACUCUUCACUAGGUGAGGAUGAUCUCCUCAUCUCAGAGCCACCAAUCAUUUUAGAAAGCAAAUCGGUCAUGCAAUCGUCCCAUCGGAUCCUUGACUGAAGAGUCUUUUACUUUAAGGGGAAUAUUCCCAUUAUUGUCCUGUUCCAAGCCUUUCCUGGCCUUCUGGUAUUUUGAUAGAAGGUAUUUCAGACCUCUGCUUUUUAUUGUAUGUGAGACUGGCUGUGCUGACAGAACUCAGCUCAGACAAAAGUAAAACACUGAAUGCUUU